AUGGAUCCACUGGCAAAAGGUGACUAUGUCAUCAUCAAUGGCCUCCAGAGUGAUGCUGGGAAGAAGCUGAAUGGAGGGAAGGGGAUCAUUCUCAAUAAGCCCACGGUCUCAGACGAUGGUGUCCAACGGUACACGUUUCUUUUCUACGCCACCAAAAAGAAUGCCGCCAGUGGCGACAAAUUGGUGGCAUUGGAUCCUACCGCCAACAAAAAGAUCAAGGCCGAAAAUCUCGCCCUAGAUCCACAAGAUCCCAAAGAGAACACCCUCCUGCAUGAAGUGGCUCAUCGGGAAAAUGUCAAGCUGCAAGCUAAAGGGGUGAAAGCUAUGCAAAAGGGGAUCUUCUGGCUCGAGGUGUUUCACGGAGCUUUUCCCGACAACCUGGGAUGGCAUGACUACACAUUGGGGAAUUCUAUUUCUCCUUCCGACCCUCGAUAUCCCCAUUUUUGCUUUGAUUUCAGCAUUCUCCGUUCCCAGGCUGGCCAGCAACUCAGUGCUGCCUUGGAUUAUGCUCUACAGAUACCUAUGGACACACCACAUCACUCAGAAAUGGCCAUGGAUGCCCUCCUAGAACUCUGCCUGACAUGCAACCGCAUACUCCAGGAAAAUCCCAACAAUGAGAAAUCUCAAGUUGCUGUUAUUCAUGUGCAAGCUUGCCAGGAAGCAUUGAAACGCCAUCCCGAGCGUGAAGCACACAUGAUCAAUUUGGCUGCUGCCUUCUGUCUAGCUGGAAAUAAUUUGGAAGGGGUGCGUUGGUACCGUCGUGCAUUGGCCAUGCCAAAUCCAGAAUUCGAUGUGGCUCUUCAAACCAAAAGUCUCGUUGUGGCACAGCUUCAAUGCCCUGGCAUGCCACUGGAAGAUCAUCAGAUUUGUGAAGUUACUCCCACACACCUAACUGCAAUUCUCAACAAGGACAAAGACAAGUGGCUCAUGCGCAACAAAGUACUUUCAGAAGGGCGAGAAAUCCAAGGUAAGACAAGUACAAUGACCCUCAAUUCAAAAGAGGGGGGCGCCGUCAUUCAGCAUCCAAUGCCAUCCGGUCCGGACGACCCAGAGUUCUUCCCCGAAGAAUUCUUGAAGGAGAUCCGUCCUUGA